AUACGCGUUCACUUGCUCCAUCCGUAGCUCGUGGCUCAGUGUAUCGACCUCCUGACGGGAAAGACGCACUACAAUGAAUAUCUUCCAGCCUCCGCCGUCGUUACUACACGUGCGCUGAAACGUGAUCAUUUUGUGAGGAUAUCGGUGUGCAAACGGGAGGCUGUAUAAUGCACAGGGUGACCAUAGUAACCUACACCUGCAACUGAAGAAAACAAACGAUCAUCUUUGCUUCAGUGCCGCAAAGUCUGCUCUGGAAGCCCAAGCAUGUCAACCACACUGACUGCCUGCUGUGCCAAUUACGGUGAAGAGCGGAUUUUUAAAGGACCGAGGAUAAAGUAUUUUGCAAGCUAGGUUAAUUCUUGGGUGGGUGUAGCAGGGCUUCGGAUUGGUCUGAUUAUAAUCUGCUAAUAUAAUCUUUGUUUGGCUAAUUCGAGGCUAGUUGACGUUAGCUAGCUGUCUUUCCGCGCUGCUCAGAAUGUACUGGUGCUGAUGUCAGGGAAUUGAGCCAGAAGAGGAAUGUUUCACUGACGCAAGUUUGAAAAUGUAGCCGAGACUUGUAACAGCGCCAGAAUAUAGAAACGUGAAUGCUUUAUCUCAGCUAACAGAGACAGGUAUCUUAUUAUACGGGGAUUACUCUCCAUUUUGGCCCGACGUGAUAAGGUUUGCUUCAGGUUGAAAUGUAACCGAAGUUAUCCAUAACUAAACUGAUGUAACGUUAAUGCCAAGGACCGCUAACGUGUUGGAAUUGGUUUGCUAACGUUAGUUCGUUAUUGUUGCCCUCUUAGCUGAUUGGAAGUGAUAGUUUGAAAUAGCCACCUCAAAACAUCAGCAAUAUUUUGCAUGUUUUAAUGAUGUUUCCGUUCACAUAUCUCAAUUUAUCGUUGGUUUACCUAUCACGUUAACCUAGCUAUCGGUCGGGCCAGCUAGGACUACGAUUGCAAACAUGCUACCAGGCUCCAUACAAAUAACGGGAGAGACUCUGUCUGGGGCCGAGGUGAAGGAUAUCUGCGACAGCCUCAAGGAAAACACUGUGCGGCUGCUAUCCGUGAGAGGCUGCCAGUUUUCGGACCGGGACUUCGGGCGGGUGUGCCGCGGGGUGGCCGAGUCGCAUUCCCUGGCCCAGCUCAACCUCAACCUCGGCGUGGUCUCCGGUAUCACCCGGACCAAGCAGUUGGCAGAUGCACUCAAGGCCAAUAGAUCGAUUCAAACACUCUUCCUGCACGGUAGCCCGCUGCUGGACGCGGGGCUGGUGUGUCUGAACACGGCGCUGUGCACGCACCCGGCGCUGGUGUCGCUGGAUCUGGGCGACUGCAUGCUGGGGGACGAGGCCGUGCGGCUCAUCUGCGGAAUGCUGCCCCCUGAUGGAGCCAAGUCUGGGUUGCGGGAGCUGACGCUGAGUGCUAACCCCUCCAUCAGCACUAAGGGCUGGGCAAGACUGGCCGUCGCUGUGGCCCACAGCUCCCAGCUCCGCGUCCUCAACCUGGACUACAACCCACUGGGUGACCAGAUCGCAGGGAUGCUGGCGGUUGCCGUGGCGUCCAGUAGAACACUGGAGGUUCUAGAUCUGGAAGGGACCGGACUCACCAACCAAUCAGCACAGAUCUUCCUGGACAUGGUGGAGAACUACCCGACGUGUCUGCGCGUGCUGGUUCUAGCGGAGAACGCGAUCAGCCCGGAGCUGCAGCAGCAGAUCUCGGACCUGCUGUCGGAGGGGGAGGGGGAGGGGGAGGGGGAGGAGGAGGAGGACAAGGAGGCAGAGGCUUGUGCAGACGCACCCAUCGCCCCCCUGGAGAAGAUGGCCUGGAUCCCCCACAGCAACUCGUCCGGCCGCCACGUGGUCCUGCUCACCUCCGGCCUAGGGGACAGCCUAUUGGCUGAGACAGAGAUGUGACCCCGGCCUAGGGGACAGCCUAUUGGCUGAGACAGAGAUGUGACCCCGGGGUCGUCGUCACGGUAGCGCUUUGUUUGCACUGCUCGGCUGCACCCCUGAAUGACGUCACCGUGACGACCCGUCCACUGCAUGAUGUAGCGCAGGAGCCCUGCCCGCACGGGCCGCCGGUUUCCGUAGCAACGCUGGCACGGUCAUCCUCGGACACCAAGUGACUUAUUCUAACACUCUAAAGUGAAUUAUUUAUUUUCCAUAUGUGCGAGUUUAUUUAUAAUAUAUUGCGUAUUUAAACAUGUAAGCAAUGAUGGUGCGCUAUGAUAGAUGGGCUUCAUAGGAUUGUGCUGGUGGCCUAAUAGGACUUAAAUAAAUCUGUUUACAUCUUUCUAAA